AUGACCGCUGAUCCAGCUACCGUGAAGAAGAUCGAAGAGGGCUUUGAGAAGCUGCAGGUCAGUCAGAUCUUACUCUUUGCCGUUUUUAUUGUAUUUCGAGUCCUUUUCGACCUGUUUUCUGAAAAUCGGACCAAUAAUUUUUUGAUGACCAGACUGAAAAAUUGAGUUUUUAUGGCAAAAUUGCCUGUGGCGAAAAAGAAAAAAAUCUGUAAAGUGUCAAUUAAGGCUCCUUUUUGUUAGAAAUAUAUAAAUUUUGCCUUUUUAAGACCAAAAAUUCCGAAAAAUAGCUAUUUUUUCUGGAAUUUUGAUAUCUAGUACACUAUAACUAAUUUGGGAAUGAGUUUUUUUUUAAAUGGUUCUCAUGAUCACUCCUCACCAAAACAAACCGAAAUUUUCAAUUUCUCGAAAGGAAAACUAAAAUUUUAACGAUUUUAUAUCAAAUCACCUAGUAUAAUAUAAUUUUUAGGCUGCUGCGGACUGCAAGUCCUUGCUGAAGAAGCACCUCACCAAGGAGGUGGUCCAGAAACUCAGGUCCAAGAAGACCAAGUUGGGCGCCACUUUGUUGGACGUCAUUCAAUCUGGAGUCGCGAAUUUGGAUUCGGGUGUUGGACUUUAUGCUCCGGAUGCCGAGGCCUACACUCUCUUCGCUCCAUUGUUUGAUCCCGUUAUUGAGGUGAGACUUCAAAGGGUUUUACUGCCGCAAUUGGCAAAGAAACUUUUGAUUUUGCUCAUUUCUCGUUUGGCGAGCUGCGCCCUGGCUUAAUGUGAUUUUUUAUCCCUCGUAUUUUAGGAAUACCACAAUGGAUUCAAGGCGACGGACAAGCAACCAGCGAUGGACCUGGGCGAGGACAAGAUUGCCGAGCUUCCCGAUUUGGACCCUGAGGGCAAAUACAUCAUCUCCACCCGAAUCCGCUGCGGCCGUUCCUUGGCCGGCUACCCAUUCAACCCGUGCUUGACGGAGACCAACUACAAGAAUAUGGAGGCCCGAAUGAAGUCGACCCUUGAAGGUAUCAAGGAUGAGGACUUGAAGGGGACUUAUUACCCGUUGACCGGAAUGACCAAGGAGGUGCAGGAUAAGCUGAUUGCUGAUCAUUUCUUGGUAUGUUUUUGGGGUGAGAUUGAGUUGGGAUGCCUCGUGGAGUGAUUGGGCACAUUUGGAGGUAUUUCCUAGCGGUUUUGAGAGAAUUCAGGUUUUCGUGGUGGGACUCAAAAAAUUCAAAAUUCUGCGGAAAAUGGGUGUACCAUUGAACUAAAGUUUUUUGAUGGUCGCAUAGGGCUUUUGGUGACAUUCAGACAGGCUUUAGGCGAAUUUAAGUGUAAUUGAAGUUUUCGUGGUGAGACCAAAAAUCGACAGAAAUAAGUUCGAAAAUAAAAAGUUGUAUUUGUACCCAAUUUUUUACUCAUUUUCUGAAAGAGCAAUCCGUAAUUUUUUUGAUUUUCCUCUGCUUUGGUCUACUACAAUAUCCCAAUUUCAGUUCAAAGAAGGAGAUCGUUUCCUCCAGGCCGCCAACGCUUCCCGCUUUUGGCCCACUGGUCGUGGAAUUUUCCACAACGAAAAGAAGACCUUUUUGGUGUGGGUGAAUGAAGAGGACCAUCUCCGAAUCAUCUCCAUGCAGCCCGGAGGCAAUGUCGGCCAAGUGCUGGAGCGUCUGAUCAAGGGACUCAAGAUCAUUGCGGCCAAGCAGCCGUUCGCCCGUCAUCCCCGUCUUGGUUGGCUGACUUUCUGCCCAACCAAUUUGGGCACCACGGUGAGGGCUUCGGUCCACGUCAAGUUGCCCAAAAUCUCGGCCGAUAAGGACAAGUUCAAGGCCACUUGCGAUGAAUUGAAACUUCAGGUGAGUGGGGAGGGAGGAACUUUAUUUAUUUUUUAAUAUUCGAUCAUCAUUUUCACCGUGCGAAUUUUUUUUGCACGGUGCAAAAUCAAUUUUUGAUUGCACUGUGCGAUCGAAAAUUUUGCCGGAUUGCACUGUGCAGAUUCAAAAUUCUUUUAUUGCACUGUGCGGUCGAAAAUUUUUUUCCUGACUGCACUGUGCGGUAGAAAAAUUCUUCUUGACUGCACUGUGCAGAUUCGAAAAAUUUUUUUAUUGCACGGUGCGACUCCCAAAAUUUUUUGUUGCACGGUGCGAUUCCCAAAAUUUUUGACUGCACUGUGCAAAAAAUUAAAAAUUUAGAUUUUGCUUUUAUUCAAUUUUUUCAGAUUCGCGGCAUCCACGGUGAGCACUCGGAGUCGGCGGAGGGAAUCUACGACAUCUCGAACAAGCAGCGUCUCGGCCUCACCGAAUAUCAGGCCGUCCGUCAGAUGUACGAUGGGGUCAAGAAACUCAUCGAACUCGAAGCUGCGGCUGCAUAG